AUGUACGCAGACAAUUUCAAGGCUAUGCUGGCGUUCGCCCCAGUGAAUGAUGUGAGGAUGUCGUUAAUGACGCCGUUGGAGUCGUACAUUCGCCUUGGGAAGGACUUGGGCGAGAGGAGAAAGACUAUUCUGUCGCUGCGCAAGGAGAAGCUGGACAUGACGUACAAGUUCAUCGAGCAGAAGACGCUUGGAAUGGACUGCAAUAAGCCCCACGAGUUCUCGGAUAUGUUCGACAAGUUCGGCAAACACUACUGCGUGAACUUUACUAUUUCCAGAUAUGACGGGGUGAGCAUUUACCAGGUUGCUCGUGGGAUCUACAACCAGCUCACCGAGAAAGACGAAACUCUGAAUGAAGCCAUAGGAAUUACUGCGCAGCGGGAGUCAACCGGGACUCUAAAGUGUAACUUUAUGCACCAGCGAAUUAUCGCGCAACCGAAGCAGACGGGAAGGAACUCAGUCAAGAUGCCGGAAAUGGAGUCAAAUGGCGUCUUUUACUGUCGAUUUGGAGACAACUCAGCUGUUCUGGCUACCGACUACGUUGACCACGAUGAGCUCCAUCCGUACGACGAAUCGAAUCGCAUAAGAAAGGAUAUGUCCAGUGGUGUGGUGCUCACGGCUCAUGAUGAUAGCGAUGGGAAAAAGUACGUCGUGGUGAAGCGAUACACGAUGGCCAAGCUGCACAUGUAUCCGCACAAGGUCGCCCAAAAGCAGCAGGAUCGGUUUUUCCUCAGCAUGUUCCACUCACACGACAACAUGAAACGACUAGUCGUGGAUCGUGUACUCCAGCACAGUGACACGGGCUGCUCAUGCACAGGAAACAAGACAAGCUGUUGCUGUGCAAGUGACGAAUCCAGCAUUCCGUGCGGAGGUCACGCGCGCGCUCAGGUCUCUGUAUAA